AAUCGAGGAGGAUGAAGAAGAGGCAGUCUUUUCGAGAAGUGGUCAGUUUUACGCCGGCUCCUUUGCCAGUUAGAUAUUAUGACAAGGACACCACCACACCUACCAGCUUUUACUUGUCCUCGCUGGAGGAGCUCUUGGCGUGGACGCCGCACAUGGAUGACGGCUUUAACGUUGCCCUGGAGCCCUUGGAGCGCCGCCAGCCCCCUCUGAGCAGCCAGAGGCCCCGGACCUUGUUGUGCCAUGACAUGAUGGGCGGGUACCUGGACGACAGGUGAGGACCUUGCCUCACGUUGGUUUUGUUGCUUGUUUUCCUGAGGUGGGGGGCUUGAGGGGAGGGAGAGAGUGCCAGGUAGAUGGGGGGUCAGGUGCCGGGCGUCUAGACCGGGCUCUGCACUGGCUGGGAGAGAAAGUCAGGCCUUGGCGUUUCAUCUGUAAAAAGAGAGGAUUGGAUUAGGCAAUAUCUUCUGUCUCUUUCAGCUCUAAAAUCAUUUGAUCUCUCACACUGCUUCAACUUGAAGCCUGGUAAAUUGGUGAGGGCAUGACAGUAGGGGUUGUCCCCAGACUGCCUGGCCCAGGGCUUCGUGUCUUCACUUGGUCUUAUUUCUGUGACUGUCUUCAUUCAGCUCUGAUCCUGUCCUGGGUCAGUGGGCUCUGGCUUCUGAUGCGCAGAGCCAUCGCAUGCCCCUCCCUCUGCCAGCUGUGGACAUUCCAUCCAGAGUUGCCAUGGAGUCAGCCUAGAGCUUUUAAACGUCCCUAAAACAGUCUUGAGUAUUAUGGUUGGUGGGAAGGCUUGAGUCAGAGCCUGCCCUCAAGGUAGAGACAGAGAAAGGUGACAAAGCCUUGGGUGCAGCUCACGUGGCUGUCAGCCCCGGCCUCCAAAUGCAGGCAGACUGUCCUAGAGGGGCUGUUCACCUCUCUGCAUAGAGUGGGAAGCCGGGGACUUGGAGCUUUGACACGGACCUUCUGUUUUCCUUUCCUCUCCCCUUUGUCUGCUCACUGAGGCUAAGUGCUCAGUGCAUCUGGAUGCAAUG